UUCCUCUGCUAAUUGCUGACCUGGCCUUGGGACUCUCCUCCUCUUUGGUACCUUGCACGAACAGCACAUUUUACCCUAAUCUACUCACAUUCUACUUUGAAUCAUAAAAGCAUAUAGAAGCAUACAAAACCUGUUAAACCUUCAUACAAGUGUAUAAAAACGGAUCAAAGUUAAUACAUUCCACAUUAUACAACAAAGUACUUGGAGCAAUGCUCUGUGGCACUUUAAACAGGAUCCCUUGAAAAAAAGCCCAAACCUGUCCUACAUUCAAACGACACCUCCUUUCAUCUCUCCUCCCAGCAUGCCUCCGUCACAUGGGUCAGUAGGUAAAUAAAAAAACCCUAAAACAGGAGGUUAUCAGGGCUUGACUCCGAUACAAGCAAGGCUUUGUGCUACCACCAGGCUUUCGUCUUCCUCUUGCUCAGCAGAUCUAACCUCUGUGGCCCAGGAUGCGCGUGUUGUGGUCUGUGGGGCUCUUUGUGGGCCUCCUGCAGCUGUCCUCCUCUUUCCGGCUGGGAGCCUUCAACAUCAAGUCAUUUGGGGACCAAAAAGCCUCCAACACAACUCUGAUGGACAUCAUCAGCACGAUAAUCCAUCGCUAUGACAUCAUUCUGAUCCAGGAAGUCAGAGACAACGACCUGUCAGCAACCAAAAAACUCAUGGAGCACGUCAACAAAGGUUCUUCUGAAUUCAGCUACACUGUCAGUGAGCCCUUGGGUCGCAGUACCUACAAGGAGAGAUACCUCUUCCUCUACAGACAGAAGAGCGUAUCUGUGGUGAAAAGCUACACCUUUGAUGACGGCUGUGAGUCCUGUGGGACAGACACUUUCAUGAGGGAGCCUUUCGUCGUCAUGUUCUCAUCCAAGCUGUCCGCCUCAAGCACCUUCACUCUGAUCCCCCAGCAUACCUCUCCAGACCUCGCUGUGAAGGAGACAGAUGCUCUUUAUGAUGUGGUGACUGAUGUCCGCUCUCGCUGGAACACCAAUGACAUCGUGCUGCUCGGAGACUUUAACGCGGGCUGUACUUAUGUGACGGGCUCGGAUUGGCAAAAGAUCCGCAUCUUCACAGACAAGAGCUUCCACUGGUUGAUCCCAGACACGGCUGACACCACCGUCUCUCACACCAACUGCCCUUAUGACAGGAUUGUGGUCACAGCGGACAUGUUGAAGGGAGUGGUUGACGGCAGCGCGUGGGUUUAUGACUUCAUGGCCGACCUGAACCUCAGUCACAGCCUGGCACUGGCUGUUAGCGACCAUUUCCCGGUGGAGGUGGAGCUGAGAAGCUGAGGAGAUCUCCUGCUGUCUGAAUCAUGACUUCUCACAACUGAAAACAAUCAUCAGAUUUAUGAAAUGCCAGACCUAAGUAAAUCAAACUAAGUCUUCA